AUGCAGCAGAAGAACCUCGUGCGCGCUAUGCAAAAGGAGCGCUACAAGAUGGAAAAGGGGUUUGUUGCGUACACGAAAGAUUUAAUUGAUUUUUUUCGCUCCAUAAGAACCUCGAAAGAUGAGAAAGGAACUCAGACCUCUGAGCAGGCAAAGCAGGAGAACGCCUCCCGCGCAUUAGAGCAGUUUUACGAAUCAGAGGAGCUGAUAAAGCGGAUGAAAUGGAAACGCGUCACGUGGGAUGAAGAGGCCGAUUACACGAGCUUUUCCAAGCGGAUCUUGGAUAAUGACUCCAUGUUCAAGCGCACCACAGCAUUUUCUUUCUUGUCUAUUCAUGUCGUGAAGGACCCUUGCAAUACCGAUCUCGUGAGCAUUCCGGUCGCAGAAAAAACGAUUUCGACUGGCACUCUGACGAACUGGCUUCUGCAAGAACGGGAGCCGAAAGCCGUGGACUUGUACCCUGUUCGCGAAGCAUCGGAGCGCCGUAGUGCUUUUCACGUGGACUGGACCUCGGGUGCUGUCAAGAUUUUAGAUACGGCUUCAGCGCAAGAGAUUUUGACAUUUUUGUUGACUGUAGCACCUCGUCUGCAAGCCGUACAACUGAUGAUGGAGGCCCAGCAAACUCGGCAGACGGCCGACAUUGAAAAGGUCCGCGUUCGCGUGGGGGCCACGCUGAAAUUCAACUCAUAUGAGACGAGUUUUUGGGAUGACCCGAAGCGGAAAACUAGCCCUGACUUCGUCAACCCUGACGAAUUGGAGCAGUUCCUCUCAGGCAUGCUUAAGUCCGCGUUUCUGUACCGCUGGUUUUUGAAGGGGCAGGAAGUUAGAGUGAUACCUCCAGGUCGCCCUUACUACCUGGACAUGGAAAAGAAGGAGAUCCAGAUUCCCGCCAAUUUUGCCGAGUACAACUGGCUGAAGGCCCACUCGCAUUUUGAGGGAAUUGAAAAGAUUGCUGACAGUUUUCGUAGGUUUUGGUGGUUUUGGUUUUGUUUCGGUAUGAUCCUUGUUGGAGAUGUGGAGUUGGCGUAG